UUUGGCAGACAUGUGUCCACUUUGGAUAGCCUUCGACAGUACUUUCAGGGCACAGGCCAAGUUGAUGAUGAGCCAAGGCUGCCUCGCAGAAAGGUGACAACGCCUGCACAAAAUGUGCGGAUCGUUACAGGUUAUCUUCGAGAUCGUUCUAGACCGCGACAUGCACUGCGAGGGCAACUAAUGGAAAUCAUACUUGACCCGUAUGUCGUCAAACAGUCGUCAGCCGGUUCCGCGAACAGGGAAUAAGGGUAGGCGGCCUUUCAAGGGAAUUUUUCUGACACCACGUCACCGGCAACAGCGGGAGGGAUGGGCCCGGCGGUACCAGCGUAUGACACGGGCUGAGUAGUCAAAUCUCCUGUUUAUGGAUGAGAGUCUGUUUUACUUGUACCACAAGGACGGAAAGAUGCGAAUGUACAGACGUCUAGGUAAAAGAUUGAACGACGCGUGUGUGUUUCAACGAGACCAGUAUAGUGGUUGUAUGGGCCGGAGUGUCGUUACACACCAAGACAGACUUAAUAGUUGUUCGCUGGAAUCUUUUGUGUUUGAUCCAUUGUGUUCGUGCAUAAAGAUUAUUGAACUCUUACAUACAAACAAUCGACAAAGUACAUUUGGAGAAAAAGAUAAUAUUACGUGUACAAUAAAAAGCCUACAGCAUUGGUAAAAUGACGGCACCGGAUGCAAACCAGGAUCUUCUAGGUAUGCCUUCUUCUCACCCAAUAGUAGAAGGGCAAGAACAGGAAGGUCUUCAUCUGGAAUUGCAGCAACCAAACGGCCAAUUGGUCUCUUCCACCAGAACGUGGACGAACAUAGCUUCUGUACGUGCAAAUCAACAAAACGACCCACUGGUUUCUUCCAACAGAGGCAUAUCCUGGACAAGCAUAGCUUCGAGAAACUAUGUACAGCCUCCAUUCACUCGAUCUGACUACUUGACUCAGCCUGAAUUGGGAAAUGUACAAACACUCAGCAAUUUGAACGCUCCGAGCCUUCAUGAACGAAAUCGAAGAUGUGAAUUGUAUGAUAUUUCCAGCUACGAAGGAAGACUUGACACAUUCUUCGACUGGAAAGUACCUUUCCUUGAUAAGGAAGUCUUGGCUGAGGCUGGAUUUUGGUAUACUGGAAUAAAUGACCGUGUCGUAUGUGCUGAAUGCGAAGGAGAAUUAUGCGAAUGGCAGUUGGGUGAAGAUCCUAGACAACAACAUGAUCAGCUGUUUAAAUUCAUUUGCUUUGAAUGAAAAAAGCUUUAAAAGCAGAGAAAAAUUUAAAGCGGUUCUCGGAACAGAGAAUCAUUUUAUCAUUUAUUAGAAAAAUUAAACCAAAAUCUUAGUAUUAUUUAAGAAAAUUUUUAAUGCAAAAGUUUAUUUGAAAAUAAAACUGUAGCCA